AUGGCAUCGCCGGACGGCCCUAAUGAUGGGCGAGGAGACACCGGACUUGAACCGCAGACUGGAUCAGGACCAUCGCUUCCGGUGCAGGGCGACAAGGGGCCGGAACCGUCUGCAAAGUACAUAAGCCCUGAUCAAGCAUGGGCCAAGUGCGCCCAAGACGCGUGGAGCGACGAAACAGGUCGAGUAAAGAAAUGGGACGACGAAAUAGACAAUCUACUCGUUUUCGCUGGUCUUUUCUCAGCGAUCCUGACUGCUUUCGUCGUUCAGUACUACCCGACGCUACAAACGGAUGCAAACACGCAGCCUCAGAUCGUUGUGACCAUGGCCUUCAACCAGACAAACGUCACUACGACGUAUUCUACCCCCGACUCUUCGGAUACAGCUCCGGAUGCAUUUACGGUUGCAAUCAACGCGCUCUGGUUUCUGGCCCUCGUUCUCAGUAUCGCAUCCGCGUCGCUGGCAAUCAGUGUCAAGCAAUGGCUGGCCCAUUACGUUCCUUCCGACUCGGACAUAGGUCACACUCGCCUCCGUCUACACAUCUGGCAUCUGCGUUCCCGCGGGUUGGCCCGUUGGCAUGUGCCUGAAAUCGUCGGGAUCCUUCCACUACUGCUUCAGAUAUCGGCGACUCUUUUCCUCAUUGGAGUCGUGCUCUUCCUGUGGACGUUGAACAAAGCGAUCGCAUGUCUGAUAAUCAUCCCCGUCUCAACGUUACUGUUCUUCACCGCGGGGAGCACCCUUGUUCCGCUCGUGGAACUCGACUGUCCUUACAAAUCGCCAGUGUCGUGGUGGCUAUGCACUAUCGUGUCACACAUUUUC